CACUUUCAUCGUAACCAACCACCGUCAGACUACGACGCCGCACCUCACGGCGGGUAUCCAUCUCAAAUAUAGUCCGUGUUUUGUGUGCACUUCUUGAAUUAUUCACAGUGUUUAAUGGGUGCACUGCUCUCGUUUACGUCAUAUUUUCAAUUUCGACGCCGCCGUUCGUUGGUUGGUAGGCCGCGUGUACCGAGCAGCACCCCUGCUGCUUCUGCUGCUCUUCAACUUGUUUGACAAGCCGGGGGAUGAAUUUUGUUACGUAAUUUAAUUUAAAAGUACUCAGCUCGAACUGAAGAUUUCCACUCGGCGGGCCCCGAAAAACGUCGCCAAAUAGAGACCGACCGUAUUCUGACGACGACGACGAAAUGUAUACAGGGAGAAAGUGUUGCUGUAUUGCUCUUGAAGACGGUCGAAAUUUUAAUUUUUCAUGUUUUCUCGUUCUUUUUCCUUGCAGGACUACACAACGCCACUGAUUUUGGCUGCUGCAGGAGGGCACACGGCCUGCGUCAUAGAACUGCUGGAGCAAGGAGCGGACCCCAACGCAAGACGAGUUACUGGAACAACAGCGCUCUUCUUUGCCGCCCAGGGCGGCUAUGUGGACGUCGCUAGGAUACUCCUGAAAUCCGGAGCACCUGUGGACUGCUGCUCGGUUGACGGCGGGACGCCACUGUUCGUCGCCUGUCAGGGCGGUCACGAGAGCAUGGUUAGCGAGCUGCUCAGCUACGGGGCCAACGUUCAUGCCUGCAUGAAGGUGAGUAUUUUAAAUUAGUUUUUAUUAUUUCACUGAUUUAUUAAUACACGCUAGUUUGGGAUUGUGUUUUACGGGAUAAAUGGAAACGAAAUAUCCUGUCAGUGAUUUGGGAUUUUUCAGAAUCAGGAGGCAAUUUUAGAGCAUUGUGAGAAUUGAGAAAAUGCCGCAAAAGUCCAUCUCCCUGAACUCUGUGACUCAAUUCUUCAAAACAGUGAGAGUGUGAAAUGAAUUUAAAAAAAUCAAUUGA